AUGGAUGAGGUCACACAAGCCGUUGAAAACUUGAAAAAGGAAUGGAGCCAAGCAGUUGCACAGCUUGAGGUGUGCAUUGCUGCAAUUGAAUCUUGUGGGAAGAUGAUGGGAAAAGGAACAGAAGAAGCAAUGUCUCUUCCUAGGUUGAACGGUUCUGCACAGGAUGCACUGCAAUUGCUCAAUGCACUACAGUGCAGGUUUGAUCUUCUGGCAGAGCAGCUACCCACUUUUGAAGAAGUUCAGUCUGGACAGGCAACCCUAGGCUCAUGGAAGGAACAAUAUCAGAGGCUGCGUGUGAGCCUGAGGAGUGCUAACUUACAAGCAAAAACGAACAUUGCAAAGGCUGCUCAAGAAGAGAGGGAGCUUCUUCUCGGAGGUGGAGAAGAGUCCACUAUCCGGAGCCGUAAUCUCCAGACAAAGGCUGGGAUGACAUCCGCUGCAGAAAGUAUUACUGAGAGCCUCCGUAGGUCUCGGCAGUUGAUGGUUCAGGAAGUGGAAAGAAGUGCUAAUACCUUGUCAACUUUUGAUGAAUCGACAAGUGUUCUCCGAAAGGCUGAAGGUGAAUAUCAAGGACACCGCUCUUUGCUGAUGCGCACCCGUGGUUUGCUCUCCACGAUGCAACGGCAAGAUGUUCUUGAUAGGAUCAUCCUGACUGUUGGGUUCCUCAUAUUCUCCUUGGCGGUUCUGUAUGUUGUCUCGAGACGUAUUGGCCUGUUGACACUGCAAAGGAAGCUGGCUGAUGCCAUAAGAUCGGGUUCAAUAUCAGCUGGAGACAUGCUGGGUAAAGUGCCCCAAGAUGGACCUGCCCCAACAAAUGCUCCUCCCAUCUAUGAUGAACUGUGA